CUCUCUAUCACCAAACCUUAUUCCAAAGCUUCUUCUUUCUCCUUCUAAAGUACUGCAAGCUCAUCAGCUUCGCACCUGCCGGAAGAUGAGAUCGUCGAAAACCCAGUUCAGCCCCAGUCUCAAGCUCCUCCUUAUCUGCCUCGCCUUCCUCUUCAUUCUCUUCCUCGUCCUCCGAUCAAGCUCCCAGCUGUCGUCCCACCAAAUCCCGCCGCUCUUCUCCUCCUCCUCCAACUCCUCGGAUUCCGGCCAAACCACCUGCUCUCAGCAGGCUCCAACAUGCACCAAGAUCCCGCCGUCUCUGGCGGAGGCCAUGGUCCACUACGCCACCUCCAACAUCACCCCGCAGCAGACCAAGAAGGAGAUCUCCGUCUCGCUCAGGGUCCUCCAGAGGAAGUCGCCUUGCAAUUUCCUGGUAUUCGGUCUCGGCCACGACAGCGUGAUGUGGACGGCGCUCAACCACGGCGGCCGCAUAGUGUUCCUCGAAGAAGACAAGUCCUGGAUCGACCAAAUCAGCCGCCAGUUGCCCAGCCUCGAGUCUUACCACGUCGUUUACGACACGAAGGUGAGCGACGCCGAUCAGCUGAUGGAGAUCGGGAGGAAAGAAGAAUGCAAGGUCGUCGGGGACCCGAGAUUCUCCAAGUGCGGGCUGGCCCUGAAAGGGCUGCCGAACGAGGUGUACGACAUUGAAUGGGACUUGAUCAUGGUGGACGGGCCAACGGGGUACCACGACGCCGCGCCGGGGAGGAUGGGCGCCAUCUACACUGCGGGGCUGAUGGCCCGGAACCGGGAGCAGGGGGAAACGGACGUUUUUGUUCACAAUGUGGACAGAACUGUGGAGGAUAAGUUCUCCAAGGCUUUUCUCUGUGAAGGUUAUUUGACGGAGCAGGAGGGCAGGAUCGGGCAUUUUACCGUUCCCAGUCACCAGACCGUCGCCGGCCUGCCGUUCUGCCCGUAGAUCGUCUUCUUCUCCAUUGCUGUACUGUCUCUGAUGAUUUUACCAUCCCGAGAUUGAAGAGAUGACACUGUUUUACUGUACUGCCUCUGAUGUUUUUCCUCCCUCUCUCUUUCAAUGUAUAUACACACACGCAUGCAACAAGUCUUGUUCUUCUUUUUCC